GAUGACUGGAGGAGUUCCCACCGAAGCUCCUGCACACAGAGACAUUUUCUGAUCCUCUGGGGUCCCAUAAAUCCGCCAAAUUAAACCAGCCUGCAGCUCUCUGGAUGAGACGGGACCACCUUUGCGCUCCUGCGUCCUCCUGUGAGACAUCGGGAGCCUCAGCGUCACCCUGCUGUCCUCUCAUUUAUCGAUAUGAAACUUGGAUGAGCGCCGUUUCUCCUCAGAAAUGACUGAGCUCUGUCCGUGGUGCUGAACUCCUUUCUGACCUUCCUUCCACCUGCUGCGGAGAAAAUUUCCUCUGCGUCUCCAGACGACAUUUAACGAGAAACCGCUAGACACGGAGGCGGAGAGGGUCGAACUACCUGUUAGCUUUUUGCCCCCUCCCCCGGACUCUUGGCUCCGCUCAGUGAGAGAUAUUAAAUCUCCCCUCAGCACAGGCUGUUGUGAUUUCUAAGGUUGCACACCUACUGACCUACUUCGCGCAAGUUGGGAGUCAAACCAGCGCGCUGCGGGGCGUUAAAACUGUACCCCGGAGGAUGACGGGUGAUGUGGAAACAGUGGUGACCCAGUGGCGAAACCUUCAGUAAAACGCAGCAGGAGGUGAAGGAGGUGAGACGCCGAGGAAGAGGAGAAGGCGUGCAGAAGGAGGCAGAGGGUGUGUGUGCGUGUCUGCGUGCGUGUGUGUGUGUGUGUGUGUGUGCGUGUGUGUGUGCGCGCGUGCCGUGGAGACUCAGGCGGAGGUUAUGACCGCGUCUCUUCACCGGGACCUCGGGCUGCUGCUGCUGCUGCUGCUGGCCUUCUGGCAAACCCCGGGGAUGGUCGGAGGAUCUGUGCCAGCAGCCCCGGUGAAUGUAACGGUGACCCAGCUGAGGGUACACUCGGCCAUGGUGACCUGGAACGUCCCUCAGGGAGACACUGUCAUUGGAUACGCCAUCUCACAGCAGAGGCAGGACGGCCUGAUGCAGCGCUCCAUCCGAGAGGUGAACACGUCCAGCCACCGGUGUGUGCUGUGGGACCUGGAUGAGGACACACACUACAGCGUCCAGGUGCAGUCCGUCGGGCUGCACGGUGACAGCCCACCCAGUCAUGUUGUCCCCUUCAGGACUCUGGAGAGGACAGACCAUUACCCAGCCGGAGUCCUGGACCACCAUGAGCCAGCGAUGGAGGGUCUGGGCAUGACUCCACACCUGCAGACUGGAGAGCUGCUGAUCAUCACCACUGUGCUGCUGCUGUGGGCAGCUGUCAUCGCCCUCUUCUGCCGGCAGUACGACAUCAUCAAAGACAACGACUCCAGCAGCACCAAGGAGAAAGCCAAGAGGCCGCUGGUCCAAGCCACAUCCUCCUACUACAACGCUUCAGCUGGCAGCUCGCCCAUCUACCACAACGGAGCCGUCCGCAGCAGCAGGCUGCACAGGGCCUCCUCCUCCAUCAGCAUCAUCAGAGUCUGAGCUCAUGUGCCGGAUUGGAGACUUGAGGACGGCGAGGGGAAUUUACAGACAUGCAAACUCUGAGUCUAAUUUAUUGUAAAAUAUGGGCCGAGUAAGAACCACUAAAUUCAAAUCGGAUCAAAAGGAGAGCAAGGAGUCGCGCUGUGGAGACUGCGGACGGCUGCUGCUCUCUGGUGGCCGGAGACUGGGGUGUUCAGACACGGUGGAAAGAGCAGGACUCGUCCAAAGUGCGGCCAAACUGAUCUCCCGUUUUCUUCUCCCUGAUGUCAAAGACUAAGUGUGAAUGUUUGCCAGCAUGUCGGCCCGACUGUGCGCCAAGUCCCGUUCAUUCUCAGAAGACGUGCUCUUUAGUCGCUUUUACCCGCUGUAGAAUCACACGUUUGAAAUCCUUCUCUGUGAUUAUUCCACUGGAUUUAUUCACGUUACUUUCAUGUUCGGUGAUUAAGUAUGUGCAGCACUAAUGAUUUAAAUCUGUACAUAUGCUGAAGGUGUUGCUGCAGGACUUUAAGUGUCAUUCAGACAAAUAUUUGAAUGUAUGAGAUGCUGGUGGUGAAUUUACACUGUAAAAAGUUCCUAAUUGGUUUAAUUAAAUCAUCUCUUAAUUUUA